AUGGGGCAAGGGAGCCGACUGACGGAGCUUUCCGCUUCAAUCGCCUACAACACUGCUGUUCUGGAAGGAUACCUUACAAGCAACAAUGUCCCUCCUCCGUCCUUUGACGCCGACGGCCCGCCCAUGCUCAUGUACCCCCCACACAUUGAAGCUGCACGCGCCGCUGUUGAAGAGGCCACUUUGGAGUUGAACGAGCUUGCUCGGGGACCAGCAAGACUUCUCAUGGGCGGCUCGGAACUUCAAGCAGCAAAAGCCGUCAUCUCAAAGUUUGACAUCGCCAGCAUCGUCCCACCCGUAGGCACUAUAAGCUACGAGGACCUCGCCUCCAAGACAGGCAUCAAUCAGGGCGCUCUGGAAGCCAUUCUUCGUCUCGCAAUCUGCCACCGCAUCUUCACCGAGCCAAUCCCUGGUCGAGUAGCCCACAGUGCCGCAAGCAAGCAUCUUCUGAGUCCCUUCAUGGCGAUUGCCAGCCAGGUCUUCGCGGACGACUUUCUGAUGAACUCAGCCUACAUUCCGCAAGCGCUGGUAGAGCACCCGCAAGCGAAUGAGCCUACUCGUGCAGCAGCCGCCGUCGCCAACGGUUGCAGCGGCCAAAGGUCCUUUUACGAGGUCCUCCAGGACUAUCCCGAGCGCGCAAAGAACUUUCACGGCCUGAUGGCGAUCUUCCAACGGCUCCCCGGGCUGGAAUGGGACUACCUCGCAUCCGGGUUCGACUGGACGUCUCUGCCGGACGGCAGUCUGUGCGUCGACGUGGGAGGCGGGCACGGUGAGGCGGCAGUAGCGGUAGCGAGCAAGUUUGCGCAUCUCAAGUGGAUGGUGCAGGACACCGAAUCGGGGUUUGAAGGUCGGCCCGUCAGACCAGACGGACUGGCGGUGGACUACAUGGAACAUGACUUCUUCACACCACAGCCCGCCGCCACGAAAGGCGCAGCCGUCUUCUUCAUGCGCUGGAUCCUGCACAACUGGCCGGAUGCUUACUGCCACGGGAUCCUGCAGGCUUUGAUACCUUCACUCCGCAAGGACGCACGGAUUUUGAUCAUGGAGCAGCUGAUGCCUGAGCCCGGCAGCAUCUCCAUCGUCCAAGAGCGAGGCAUGAGGAGUCUGGACGUCGGGCAGUUGGCGCUGGGCAACGGAAGGGAGCGCAAUCUGGAGCAGUGGAAGCGCCUGUUUGCCGAGACUGAUGAACAGGGGAGGUUUCAGCUACGCGGGGUGAGCGAGCCAGAGGGAAGUCAGUUGGCGAUAUUUGAGGUGGUUUGGGAGGGUGAGGAUGCUGAUGGCGAAGGCUUGGAUGGUGAAGAUGCGAGGGUUGGGGAUGUAAAUGCUGAGGGUGUACAUGAUGAGGGUUUCGAGGGCGACGAUAUCACAAGCGAGGAUGCCAAUGGUGAAGAUAUUAAGGGUGAAGAUGUUAAAGGUAGAGGUACUAAGGGUGAAGAUAUCAAAGGCGAGGAUAUCAAGGAUGAAGAUAUCGAGGGUGAGGAUUUCAAGGGUGAGGAUGUCAGGCGUGAGGAUCCCAUUGAAGGAGCACCGAAGGGCGAGGUAGCCGAAUGUGAGGGAAGGGAACUGGAAGGUGUGGAAGUUGAGGAACCGGAAGGCAAGGGUAUGAAAGGAGGCGAUCUGAUAAGGAGAGCAUACCACAGGUGGCUCCUUACGAGGCCAGUACCGUGCAUGUAG